GCACAUUUCAUGUUGGUCUGCACGGCAUGUCAAUCGCCAGUUCCGAGCUUGUUUCACCAGUACAGUCCCGGCAAUAUUCGCCUCACAGGCUGCACGAAUUGCGCGGCGAUCGCCGACCCGUUUGUCGAGUUUGACCACACAAUUCUGGCGAUCGAUCUGCUGCUGGACAAGCCGAGCGUCUUUCGCCACGUCGUGUUCAACUAUGCUGGUCGCAUGGAAGUGAGCAGGACGACCGAAUCGCCAACCCCACAGCAUCCGCAGCCGCAGCAUCGAUGGCGACCAUGGAUUGGACUUGCUCUGGUGCUUCUUGCUUGCCAAGCAACGGCGCGGCUCUUGGCCGGUCCUGCUAGUGCUGCUGCUACUGCUAUUGGGCGUCCUUGGCAGAACGUCAUCGGGCCGCCACAAUCCGUCCAGAUCUCACUGCAAGGGUGGGCAUUUGCUUUGCUCCAAUCAUGCAUCGAACUGAUCGUCAUGACCGGAUUGUGUUACGUGCUCAGCCAUGGAUGGAGUUAUUGCUCGACCCGGUUACUACUGAAUAUUCGUCCAAGUCGUCGUUCUCAAUCUCCCGGAGCUCAAGUGCUGACCACCUUUGAGGCGACUGCACGAUCGCUGAUCCUCGGGUUGCUACCGUCCUCACUUUGUGUUGCACUCUGCAUCUGGGACUACUCGCGGCUGUUCAUCAGCCCCACUUUUCUAAUUCUCUUGUUAGUUGUGCGCAUGUCAGCGCGGGCACUAGCAGUGCAAUGGAAUCAUCCUGUGCCUGUGAGCGCCGGCAUCUACGUGCUGAGCUUGGCACUUGUACGACGAGGCUGGCUGUUGUUGUUCUCGUUGGCGUCUUGAACAAAGCACCAUCCAUUCGUUACUUGUUAACACUGUCGGCCACGUCAAAAUCCGUUCAUGGGCG